CACGCCGCCACCCCCACCAUCGGACAUGGGGCAGUUGUAUUUUGUGUGUGUGUGUGUGGAUGGGUAGUAGUGGCUUCAGAAAGGUCCGGUGUCAAUGUCUGGUUACAUCGCCCUCUGCAGAUACAGUUCGAUCCUUGCAUCCACGCCGCCACCCCCACCAUCGGACAUAGGGCAGUUGUAUUUUGUGUGUGUGUGUGUGGAUGGGUAGUAGUAGCUUCAGAAAGAUCCGGUGUCAAUGUCUGGUUACGUCGCCCUCUGCAGAUACAAUUCGAUCCUUGCAUCCACGCCGCCACCCCCACCAUCGGACAUGGGGCAGUUGUAUUUUUUUUGUGUGUGUGUGGAUGGGUAGUAGUGGCUUCAGAAAGGUCCGGUGUCAAUGUCUGGUUACGUCGCCCUCUGCAGAUACAGUUUGAUCCUUGCAUCCACGCCGCCACCCCCACCAUCGGACAUGGGGCAGUUGUAUUUUGUGUGUGUGUGUGUGGAUGGGUAGUAGUGGCUUCAGAAAGAUCCGGUGUUAAUGUCUGGUUACGUCGCCCUCUGCAGAUACAGUUCGAUCCUUGCAUCCAUGCCGCCACCCCCACCAUGGGCCUGUUUGUUUCCGCGGCAUGCGGAAUCGCCGCGCAGCGAAUCGGCGGCCUCCAGAAUCGUGAUUGCGACCGCGUUUUCUGAUUUUCGAUUUUACGUGCAAAGGAGGCCGGCCAACUGAAGCAGCGGCGGAGGAAAUCGAAGUAAGCGCGGACCGUUUGGCGCGAUUAAUUUCGAUUCUCGAUUUUUCUCACCCAAAAGCCGAUUAUAAUCGUAUCCAAACAGGCCCACGGGCAGCGAAAUGACCAAGUUGGACAUGGGGCAGUUGUAUUUUUUGUGUGUGUGUGGAUGGGUAGUAGUGGCUUCAGAAAGGUCCGGUGUUAAUGUCUGGUUACGUCGCCCUCUGCAGAUACAGUUCGAUCCUUGCAUCCACGCCGCCACCCCCACCAUGGGCCUGUUUGUUUCCGCGGCAUGCGGAAUCGCCGCGCAGCGAAUCGGCAGUCUCCAGAAUCGUGAUUGCGACCGCGUUUUCUGAUUUUCGAUUUUACGUGCAAAGGAGGCCGGCCAACUGAAGCAGCGGCGGAGGAAAUCGAAGUAAGCGCGGACCGUUUGGCGCGAUUAAUUUCGAUUCUCGAUUUUUCUCACCCAAAAGCCGAUUAUAAUCGUAUCCAAACAGGCCCACGGGCAGCGAAAUGACCAAGUUGGACAUGGGGCAGUUGUAUUUUUUGUGUGUGUGUGGAUGGGUAGUAGUGGCUUCAGAAAGGUCCGGUGUUAAUGUCUGGUUACGUCGCCCUCUGCAGAUACAGUUCGAUCCUUGCAUCCACGCCGCCACCCCCACCAAAAAAUCCGGAUGUUGAUGAGAUUCCAUUUAAGUCCAGUCCCAUCGAGUCCUCGAACUCCCACCAAAAAAUCCGGAUGUUGAUGAGAUUCCAUUUAAGUCCAGUCCCAUCGAGUCGUCGAACUCUUCUAGCUGGAUCGGACUCGCGGCCCAUCUGGCCGCGCCUCGCCCGCCCAGGCCCAAAUCGGUUCAAGAGACAGGAACAGCACCGGACCGGACGGACAGCGCCGCCACCGCGUUCUCACACGCCGUCGGCCAUGUCGCAGCGGCCGCGGCCGGAGGCGGGUUCUACGGCGGAGGGAGACGAGGAGCAGCGGCUUCGGGCGGCGCUGCGUCACCUGCAGGCGGAGGCGGGGGUGCUCGAGCGCCUGGUGUACAAGCACCGGAACCAGCACCGCGGCGCCGCCUACUUCCAGUACCUCCUCAAGGUGGGGAGGGACCUGAAGCUGCUGCUUGGCGCCGGGCUCGCCGAGGUCCUUAACGCCGUGUUCCCCGUCCUCGCAUGCCGCAAGCCGGCCAACACGGUCCUCGUCCCGACCAAGCAGACUAAGAAGAAACCUGGUGCAAACCACAGCCAUCAUGAGAGGCUUUUGGGUGUUGCCCGCUUGUUAUCCCAGAUGGCUGAACCUGUUAUGAAGGCAGCAACUCAGAUAACAUUUUUACUUGCUAGAUCAUUCUUCAUUGAUCUUUGUACAGCAGUGCUUUCUUUGCUUGCACGAAUAAGGGUCCUGGUCCAACAGAUGUUACUUGAUGUUGUAUCAUUAUAUAAUAAGGUUACAGAUCUUACUGAUAGGAAGCAGGCUGUUAAGAUUAGCAUCGGUGGAGUGCAGGCUUUCAGAGAGUACUACCCCUCUACGAAUGAUGCCUGCACAAUUCUGGAUUGUGUAUGGGUGAAAGAUAAAUUUGUUUUGCAUGAAAAGAUGAAAGGUAGCUGUCAGGAAACCCAAGUUGAGGAUCAGAAGUCCUUUGGUCCUGAAUCUUCAAUCCAGUAUGAGACGCUUGCACUCAUUAGUGAAGGCUUACAGCUAUGGUGCAGCCUCAGAAGCAAAGACUAGACAUGAUUUCACAGACCUCUGUAGAAUCUGGACUCUAGAGCAAAUUGCUGAUUCUGAGUACGCAGAAAAGUCCAUCCUUUAAUGUGUGUGGAAAUUCCCUCUUCUUCAUCAAGGGGAAGAACAAUGGAUACGAAAAUGAUAAUGCAGCUUCAAGAUACAGCAAAACCUGAAACGAUUUGUACUGUAGAAGGGGUCACUAUUAACUUAGAGUUUCUGAAGCAGGCCGUUUUUAUUGUUUCUUAACCAAAUUUACAAUGAGCUCCAAGAUUAUUUUUGUAGAGUUUGUGUAUUUGGGAGAUAUCCAUGUUUAUGUCAAUGUUCUGUAGCACAAUUUCAUAUAAUUGAAAGUUUUCUCCAAACGAGCA